AUGUCUUCAACGGAAUCCCCAUUAGAUCACAGCAACAAUGGUCCAGGAGCCUUGAUUGGCUGUGCCAUCCUGGGCUUUGUCACUACGAUAAUCGUGGCUCUUAGAUUCUGGGCAAGGCGACUUGUUGGAACGUCUUGGGGUAACGACGACUGGUUGACUUUGGCAGCACUUUUGGUGCAUCAUUUGCUGCUUGUUGCCUUUGGGGUUAUGGUCGUGAACGGAGGUCUUGGGCGAGAUAUUCGAGUCAUCGCGGUUGAGAACCCAGGCGACAUUGUCGCCUUGUUUAAGGGACUUUUUGCAGCCGAAAUCUGCUACGGAAUCAGCUCCUCGUUGGCCAAGCUCUCUAUUCUCGCUUUCUACUGGCGCAUAUUCCCGACUUCACGAGUAGUGAUCAGCUGCAAGAUACUUGGAACCGUAUGCAUUUUGUGGACAAUCGCCAUCCAGAUAGUGAAUGUGCUUCAGUGCAGACCAUUGAGAGCCUUCUGGAACACAGAGCUGCAGACCGCACCGGGCACCCAAUGCCUUGACACGGUGCUGUUCUUCCUCGGCAACUCCGUCGUGAAUUGCGUUAUCGAUCUCGCAACCCUGGUCCUGCCGAUCCAAGAGAUUCUCAAGUUACAUACGACAAACAGAAAGAAACUUGGUAUUGCUGGUGUAUUCCUACUAGGUGCAAUCGCGUUUACCGCCAGUCUCCUGCGCACGAUAUUCACCGCAACCAUGUACAAUGAGGGCGUCACGAACUUCACUAAGCAAUUCGUGGUUUCCGGCGUCGCGACUGUGGUCGAAAUUUACGCGGGCAUCAUAAGCGGUUGCCUCCCGGUCAUGGUACCCGUCUACCGACGCAUACGCUAUGGCGAUGCUCUGAAGUCAAGCAGGCGCGCGGGCUCCGAGGGAUACCAUCUGAGUACUCCUGGUAACGGCAUGGGCAAACUCUCAGCCAGAACAAAGACGAGCCGGAUAGGAGGCGAGGGUUCAUUCGAGAGACUGAGCACCAAGAACGACGAUUUCGCAUCGAGUGAAUACGCCAGCGACCGCCAUAUCAAUGUAUCGAGCACGACAAGAGACGAUGGUCUGGAACAUAAGCAGAGCGGCAGUCGCCCACUUCAGGGAAUCGUCGUGCGUUCGGAUCUAGAGUGGCAUGUUUCUCAAAAUCCCAAAUAG